CUCUAUCCAAAAAGGCAAAAACGAAACGCUUAAAUAAAGCAAAUCCGCAUUCUGCCUUCCUACUCGCCACUUCUUUUGCAUGUUCUCUCACUCAUUCACGUUUUCUCCCCUCUUUAUAUUCAAGCAAUCCCCCACCGCACCACCACUUCCAUCCUUUUCACUCUUCCAUCCAUGGCGGUUGAAGCCACGCAUCUCAACCUCUUCCAAUCCCAGCAACCAUUCAUGCCCAACAGAGAGUUUUUGCAGGGGAAUCAGUUCGGAUUCGAUCAUGGCGAGAUGAGAUCGGCGGUUAUGCCCCUCAACCUCCCCGCCGCCGCAUUGCCCGGCCGUGCGUAUGCUCUCCACCCGUCUCUGCUCUCUGACUCUGUUCAGGCGAAAACCUCGAUGAACGCCGAUAGCUGUUUGACUUAUAAUCUCCAGCAACAGCUUCCAAAAAAGCGAUCCAGAGAUUCACUUCAUCCUUCUCCGGCCGCCGUCCCUCAGAAGCCCAACCUCCAUCAAAUCCCAUCUUUCUUCGGCGAAGACGACGUUCUCCCCAUCGUUCAACAGUAUCAGUUGGAUAUAGACAGCAUCGUUUCUCACCAUACGAAAAAGAUAAAAAUGGAAUUCGAAGAGCGGCAGAAGCAACAAGGGAGGGUGCUGGUCGCAUCGAUUGGAGAAAAGGUGAUGAAGAAACUGAAGGAGAAAGACGAUCAUAUUCAGCGGAUGAUGAAAUUGAAUAUGGCGCUCCAAGAGAAGCUCAAAAAUCUCUACGUCGAGAACCAGCUAUGGCGGGAUCUGGCUCAGUCCAACGAAGCCACCGCCAAUUCUCUCCGUUCCGACCUGGAACAGGUUUUGAAUCACAUCGGCGGCGAGCGCAUCUCCGGCGGAGGUGCGGCGGAGGAAGAAGACGCCGGGUCAUGUUGCGGAAGCUAUAAUCCACGGUUCGAGGAACCGGAAGUGGGCACUGGGCCGCCGGAGACCGAACGCGCCGGCGACAGGAUGUGCCGGAAGUGCGGCGAAAGGGAAUCCACUGUGUUGCUGUUGCCAUGUCGCCAUCUGUGCCUCUGCUCCGUUUGUGGGUCCACCACCAUGCCCAGAAACUGCCCUAUCUGCAACUCCUCCAUGAAUGCUACUGUGCAUGUUAACCUGUAAUUUUUUCACCGUUCGGUUGUAGAAAUCAAUAGAAGUAGCAGUUUUUUUUAACCCUUUUUUGGGUGUAGAAAGAAAAAUACAAAAAAGAAAAAAAUACUAGACGACCCAUCAGUAUAAAUCGUUUUAACCAGAAAGUAGGAAAGGCAAUUGUUCAUUCUUUUUAUGUACGUAGUACUCCCUAUCUAAUUUGUUGAUCUUUUUCCUAAUCUUCCUCGGCAAGCUUUUUUCUCGAACUUUAUCAAUUAUAGAGUAUUUGAUUGAGUAAAAGAGGUACUCGUAUUAUUCAAUUUGGGGACUUUUUUAAAGAAAGCCGUUGUCAAAAAAUAAUUCUAAAAAGUACCAGUAACUUAUUUUAUCUAUUGAUUAUUUUAGAUUUAUGUACUUGGUACUCCGUAUAAUAAUACUACUUUUUUGGUUCUUCCAAAAAAUUUUGAUAUUACUAUUUAAAGUAAGGAAUAUGCGGCUAAAACUAAUUCUCUGAUCUGCACAAUUUCAACCACACUUUUUUACUUUUUUACUUUUGUAAUGCUAGAGAUUCCUUUUUAAUCUGUACUAUUGAUUAAUUAAUAUAAU